AUGAGUUUUACGGAGCCGCCGGUGCCACCGGAGCCGGGUCGGGGGAGCACCGGGCGCUGCGCCCACGGUGCCACCAACGUCCCCGCAUCCCCUUUGUCCCCAAAUGAGGAAGAAGAGGGAGGUGACGAGCGGAGAAAAAACCCCUGUGGUUUUAUCAACGUCAGUAAAUUAACUGUCACUCCUGACACGGUGACACUGGGGACAGUGGGGUGGCACAGGACACGCGUGGCUCGCCCUCCUGCCUGCUCCAGCCACCCUGCUGCUGUCCCCAGCGGCUCACGGGGCACAGGGACCCGUGCCGUGCCGUGCCGUGCCGUGCCGUGCUGCCAGCCGGGCAAAGGUCCUGCUGUGACCUCUGUCCCCAGCCCCACCCCGCGCCCGGCCAUGGAGCUGUUGGGGGCUCCGAGCCCCCCGUGGUGGCUCCUGCUGCUCCUUCUCCUGCUCCUGCUGCUCUGGGCCACCCGCAGAAACCCCUGGGAACCCCAAAAAUGUCCCACGGACCUGACGGGCAAGACAGUGAUUGUCACCGGAGCCAACAGCGGCAUCGGCAAGUGCGUGGCCAUGGACCUGGCACGCCGCAACGCCCGCACCAUCCUGGCGUGCCGGAACCGGGAGCGGGGCCAGGAGGCCGUGGAGGAGAUCCGGGAGGCCACCGGGAACCGGGAGGUGCUGCUGAGGCUGCUGGACACCGGCUCCUUGGCCUCGGUGCGCGCCUUCGCCAGCGCCGUGCUGCGUGAGGAGCCGCGCUUGGACGUGUUGGUGAACAACGCCGGCGUCACCGGGCUGCCCUUCGCCAUCACGUUGGAGGGAUUGGAGCAAACCUUCGCCACCAACUACUUGGGGCCGUUCCUGCUCACCAAUCUGCUCCUGGACCUCCUGAAGGCCUCAGCGCCCGCCCGUGUGGUCAACGUGUCGUCGUUCCGGCACAGCGCGGGCACGGCCGACAGCGGGUACCUGACGGGGCAGCGGUGCCCAGGCGGGCACGCCGCCGCCUACAACAGCACAAAGCUGAUGAAUGUGCUCUUCACCGCUGAGCUGGCACGGCGCCUGCAGGGCACAGGGGUGACAGCCAACGCGGUGAGCCCCGGCGUGGUGAGCACCAGCAUCAUGCGCCACUUCGGCUGGGCCAUGCGGGCGCUCUUCGCCCUCCUCCGCCCCUUCAUGAAGUCGGCCCAGCAGGGCGCUGCCAGCAGCAUUUUCUGCGCCGUCUCAGAGGAGGCCGCGGGCAUCACCGGGAAAUACUUCGACAGCAGCUGCCGGUUGGCGCUGCCCUCGUUGGCCGCCCGUGACGCCGCGCUGGCACGGAAGCUCUGGGAGGCAUCAGAACGGCUGACGGGGCUCACGGAGCAGGAUUGAGCCACCCACCAGGAUGUCACCCCUCAGGGCGGCAAAGGGGACACCACGCUGCCACCCGUACCCGCCCCGUGCCGCCGAGGGGA